GGGGGGGGGGGGGAGAGAGGAGGAACCAGUGGGACAGGUUUCACACUGCUGUUCGGAUGCACCGUACAAAAAUGACAGAAGAGUUCAGAAAGCGGAGGAUGAGGGGAAUAUGCUCUCCCUCUCUCGCUGUCUCUCUCUGAGGGACAGAAACCAAGGAACAAGCCCCCACAAGGAGGUGUCGCUGAAAGGGCCGUGGGCGUUGGUGAACACAACAUUUCUACCAGAAAACCUAAAGACGAGAACCAAAGAGAAGCGAACACACAACAACAAAGAAAGUGAAAGAGGUUGUGUUGGGACUUACAUACUAAAGGCACCCUGAGGAAGAAAUGAGCAGAAGUACAAAAAACAGCAGCAGCAUAUUACAUGUGCAUCCAAGCUUCAGGAGAAGCCAAUCUGGCUGGAAUACUGCGUGCAGCCUGAGAUUCAAAGGAGAAGCAAAAAGGGAAAACAUAAUUCCACAGAAGGAGCACUAGAUCUGCCGAUGUCGAUAUAAUAACCUGGUAUGUGCAUGGAAUAAACUUAAAAUUUAAUUUCUAAAAAGUUUUCAGAUUUAUUGUAACUUCUGGAAUGAUUUAAGCAGUGCUACAAGGACUUCAAUGCUUGGUUCACACUGUUGGGGACUCGGUUUUGAAUUACCCUUUUAUUCUUUGGUUACAAACAGCUAUCAAUUUGGAUUUACUGAUAACAAGGGGAGUGAUUCCUGUAAAGAUGGACUUGUAUUUGGAAUCUACUUUGUUGCCUGAAUCCAGCAACCAUGCUCUAGCACCUGUAGAUGCAGAACAGGUCUCCAGAAUCUCUCCAGCAAAAACUGAAACCCACCCCACAGCUGGAUUCGUGCAGUCUACAGCUCCAAGGUUUAUAAUUCGAUCUGCCAAAAGCCUUUCCCUCGACUUGGGCACUCGGAACAAGCAGAAGGACCUGAGGAAGCUUGUGAGUAUCUUUGAGCCUGGGACUGGCACUGAGAUCAGCAGGGGGAGCAAAGCAGACAGUCAGGAGGGUGCAGUGGGAACACCCACCCACAAGGUCUCCAUGGUGAUGAACAGACAAAUACCAGAUACCUGGAUUACAUCCAAAAGUGAGCCCUGGCCAAAGAACCCAAACCAGCCAAAAAUUACGGCUCCUGAACAAAUGAGACGGACUGAUUACACACGUGAAGUGAAGCCUGAACCAACAGAUCCCAUGAGCCAAGGUGGCCAAUCAGGGCAGGGGACAGGGAGGAGGGGGAGGUCAGAAUGGAAGACAGUGAACUCCUCAAACAGGAGUAAGAGUUUGGACUGGGGAAGUGGAGUAUCUCACAUGGACAAGGGAGAAAGGACAGGGCUACAGGGAUACAGGGAUAACAGUGGUGGAUUUUUACCCAGACGAUCAGAAAGUUUCGAGAGAGGCAGAGGUGGAAACAACAUGACUACCCCAACAACAAAAAAAUUGGACCAAAAUUGUACAAGUGUUUCAUCCAGGAUCAACGAGUACAUUUUAGGUGAGGAAGUAGAACUGAAGAACCUCAGGAUCGUGUCUGCUGACCAGCCAGUGAUUUUAAGAAGAAGCAGACCAGUGUCAUUGCCUUUGCAGAUGGACAAUAGAGGUCAGUCUUUGCCAUCUCGGAUAAAACCAAGAUUGAGUGACAGUGAAGUUGAAGGGGACAUCAGUGUUUGGGGUCUUCACCAGAGCGGAAGAAGGAUAGCUGGGGAUGUGUCUUCAAACAAAUUUAUUUUUGGUUCAGUGACAUCAGACACGAGCACAAAACGUGAUGCUGGUUCAGACAGGCUGAAAAUCAAGCGAAACUCUUUGCCUGCUGAGGACUUGUCUCAGUACAGGAAGGGGGGCGAGCAGAGCCACCGCCGCAGCUCAUUUUCGAAUGACCCCGUGCUGGUGUCAGAACCGCCACGUCAGUGGAUCGGCGUGCCAUACGAGGGGAGGCAGGGAGGAACGUUCCCUCGCAGGUACAGCAAAGAGGAGAAGAAAGACUGUGAGACAGGAAGUACCUGGAUUUGCAGAAAUGGUAACGAUGGAAGCAAUAUUUCCAGUUUGAGGAGCUCAAACAGAGCCAUGGCAUGGUCUGAAUGGUCAGGGGACAGAUCUCCUAGGAGACGACAGCAAACUCAGACUUCACUGACUGAGAGGGACGAAAAGGAUUACAGAUUAUUAGACCGAGGCAGGAACAGUCAACCUUUCUCAGUUAAACCCAGAUCUGUGAUAAGCAUACCAAAGGUCACAUCACCUCAACAGCAGGUACAGUCUACCUUAGACAGUGCAGCAAUAACUGUUAAAGAUCUUCCACAGACUAUUCAGUCCAAGGCUGUCACAGAUGGAUGGGAGAAAGAGAGGGAGUAUAAAAAAGGAAAAGGGGAAAUGAAGGUUAUGGGGUCAGAUCUGGAUCCAGAAAGAGAGGAGGAGAGGAACAAGAUAAGGCACGAGGGAGGGUUUUGUGACAGAAAGACUGAAGGGAAGCUAACAAAACAUGAGGAAAGUAAGCAAAGCUGCAGCAAAACCAAGGAGCCCAAACCGCUCAAAGCCAAGGCUUUCUCUGAGAGAAGCCCUGCAGUGAAAUUCUGUGAAGGAACGGACUCAUUUUCGGACUCGCUCCCCAAAAUGAAACUGGCAUCAGUAUCACAGCCAGCAAGUUCAGCUUUGGGAGGGGUGAACAAAGAGUCAAAACAAGACUUGGCAGACUUUCCAGGAGGCAGACCUGAAUAUAGCUUAGUCAUUCAACCUACACUCAAAUCAUCCCAGCCAAUAAACUGGAGGGGACAUAAGGAAAAGGGUGAAGAGCAGGAUGAUGUUUUUAGACUGAACAGUACACCCAGGGUUCCGGGAAACAGGCCAAAUGGAGAGUUUAAAACAGGGGUUGAUUCCACGUCUUCGGAUAACGUGCGUAGUAAGAUCAACAGAUUUGAGACGCUGUCCCAACAGAGCCGGUCGAUGCCUCCUUAUCACCAGCUGUGGUCUAGGAGGGCAUUGUCUGUACCUGACCACCCUACGGAGGUGUUAGGGGUUACGAAGAGUAAUUCAGACAAAGCUUUGGGUGGGAUAAGAAGACCAGGACCAGUGGGCCCAGCAGAGAAGCAAUACUUUAAGAGAGUAGGGAGAGGAGAGGCUGAUGAAGGGGUGAGAAGAAACUGGGAGGUGAGGUCUUCUUCUGUGGAUGAAGGGGAACAGAGGAGAGAUUUCAGAGGAAGAGAGGUCUUGGAUAGUGGGAUCAGUUUUCCCCAACAAACAAAAUGGAGUGCUUAUAAAGAUGCUUCUUACAACUCCACAAUCAAUACAGAACCACAGAGGGAUUUCAAAGCUCCUUCAGAUGAGCCAGACAGUUCCAGGGCCAGCCAACAUGAAACUAAGUAUGCAUCAGGACAACAAGGAGAGAUUUCUAAGCCAGUUAUUACAAAAGACCGGAUGCCCACACUGCAAACCAACUACAACAACUCCAAUUCCAAUGGGGUUGGCAGAGUCACUGGCAUAACAAAUAUCAGUGGCAAGAAUACCUGUGAUUCAAAAAAUAUAUCUGAGACUGACAAGGGGGACAAGACGCGCAUUAACUCUUCCAGUAGAUCACCCUUCAUUUCCAACAACAAGAGCUAUGGCACUUCUGGCAGCACAUGUCCUGAUAAAGCUUCAGAAAGAAUACCUCAAACUUCAGCAAGCACUCGAAGCACCACAGAAGCAGCUCCACCUCCUGUGUGCAGGGUCAACGGCAUUCCAUCUGCCUCCUCCACACCAGCCCCAGAGUCAGCACCAAAGAAUUCCCUCCUUCACCCAGCCACAAGCUCCUCCUCCACUGAUCCUCAACUCUACAGUCAAGUGACUCACCAAAACCAGGCCGUGGGCCCCAAGGAGUCCUACGGUGCCGCCUUGGCCAGGUGGAGCUCCGAUGAAGAUUUGUGGGACGAUGAUGAUGAUGAUGAAGGAACAGAGAAAGGUUCCAAUUAUGACUCAGACUCAGGAGAAUCAUCGGUGACCAUCACCAGCAACAUGAGCCAAUCGGAUCGCCUGAGCUUCUCAGUCAGCCUGGCUGACCUGUGUAAUUUUGGAGCACUGGAUUACAAGGGCCAGGAUGACGACCCAGACGACAUGGAAGUGGAAGGUCGCUUGUCACACCGCACAGCCUCGCUCAGCUCAGACAUCUCUGCGCUCUCCUCCAUCUCCAUUAUGCCCACGGAAGAGCUGGAUCAGCUGCUGGACGAAGUCAAGGGUCUAGGAGAGGAGACUCUGCAGAACUAUGAGGACGUGCAGGUGGUUGUGCUGCACAAAGAGGUGGGCUGUGGUUUGGGCUUCACUGUUGCUGGAGGAGUGGAUCAGAACAAGCCCAUCACCGUUCACAAAGUGUUUCCUUCUGGUCUGGCGUCCCAAGAGGGCUCAAUGAGGGAGGGUGACCAGGUCCUGUCCAUUAAUGGCACGGCGCUGAAGGACUCCGCCCACUGGGAGGCGCUGCGCAUUCUGAGGAGGGCUCGCACUCGGCCCAUGGCUGUUGUGGUGCUGCAGAAAGGGGGCGCCACUGAGACAAAGAAAAACAGUGCUGAUUGUUGUCAGGCAGCGGUUGACCAGCACACUGCAAAAAAGGGCAGGACAAUUCAAGUGGUGCUGAACAAAUUCAGCACAGACCUGGGCUUCAGUCUGGAGGGGGGACUGGGCUCCAACACAGGAGAUAGACCCCUCACUGUGAAAAAGCUCUUCCAAGGGGGCCCAGUGGAUCAUGUGUUUCCUGGAGAUGAGCUCCUGGAAAUUGAAGGUCAGACCAUUCAGGGACUGCGGCGGUUGGAAGCUUGGAACUUGAUUAAGAAACUUCCACCUGGUCCGGUGGACGUGGUGCUGAAUCGGCCUUUCAGACCGCAAUGAGAAACGGGGAAGUGACAACACGAACUGGACCUCUGACCUCAGAGGACUCAUGAGCCGAUUAAAGAGGAGACGCAGAAAUGACUUUGCUAUACUUUCGACUCAGAGGGUCGAAGAGCCAGAGAAAGAGUGGUGGUUUUGCACCGUAUUCUCAACAGGCAUGAUUUCAAAGUGUGAAUAACUGAAGAUGUCUCACACACACACAGGAAGAGGUGCAAACUACACAAGCAGGGUCUUCAGCUCUGGCUCUUAAAGGCCCACUACUAGGCAACUUGGCACUGAAGGAAACUUGACCUCUUACUCCUGGCUGAGCCCUGGGAUAAAAAGAUAUGGAACUGAAUCAAAGCAUCUGAAAGUUUCAUGGCAGAGGGAGGUUCACAUGGUAAUAACCAACAAAAACGUAUUUCAUUGGCAGGGAGUGUGGGGGGUGGGAAUUAAUGUGAAGUAGACCAAGGAAACCGGCUGCAAUGGCAGUGAGGGACAGAAUGAAGGAUGGAGGUGGAAUUCAGGAAUGUAGAGGAUAACUAGCUAUAGAGAGCACAUUACACUGGUUGAAGAAGGGUGUGGAGGAAAUGAAAGUUUCUUUGAUUUUACAGGAAAAACUAAAAAUAAUUUCCUAAAUGUGUUAUGUUGUAUAUCUUUUUCUUUAAAUUACACGUAUAUUUAUUUGAAAAGCAUUCAAAGAUUUUCUUUGAUAUAGUAUUAAAUUAUUAUAAAAGACCUGUAGGCAUCCCCUCAUGAUUUUAGAUGUAUUUGUUGUUUCAGAUAACUGUGUUAAGUUUGUAUCUGUUUUUAAAUGAAAACAUAAAAAAUUGGCAAUGAAAGCCUAAUAAUG